AUGACAGCCUGGGCCCUGCUCACGAAGACGACGAAAUGGGUCGGUGCCCACCGCCUUUUCAUGGCAAGAUCGGGGUCAUACCGCUACCGAGUUGAUCAAAUAUCUAAAAAUUACCUCGAAUUCCUUGACUUCAUUUGCAAGAAUGAGACAAAUGCGCACCUGAAGCAUACGGAAGACAAUCUUGCGGAGGCUCUUCCCAAUGGUAGUUGUAGCACGUUGGACCGGGCACAGACUCUGAUGCGAGGGAAACCAGGGAAACCCCAGGCCAAACCUCUGAGGCGGGAUGCAGCCAGGACUCCAGCCACUGCGCCAGGACCUCUGGCACCUCAUGAGGCUGCCUUGAUGUUAUUUGCGCGUUCUGCAGUUCUGCGCGUCUUCGUCCUGUCUUUGUCCGUGAUAUCGAGCGACCUGACGUUCAUGGCGCUCGGAAGGAGAAGGUAUCUUCCUUGUGAUUUACCUGACAUGUGUCGGAGCAAACCCGAGAAAAUUCAGGGUCUUGCUCUAAUCUGCAAAAUUUGGUCACAGCUUGUCACACCUCGGCAGAGUAUCGGCGCACUCAGCUGGAGUGUAGACCCGAUGCCGCGUGUGCCGUGCCACAGAUGAGGAGGAGAUUAAAUUACAUAUGCAUCUCCCCUGUCUGGUGUCACGCUUCUGUACAUGUCGUUGAUACUACCACUGUAGCACCUCAAUGCAAGAGCAUAACCUCUAUCGAACUGGUGUUCUGACAUCUAUAGAAGGUAUUUGUUGUGCUUCAGGUGAAAUUUUACGAAUACCUUUGCAGGAUCUUUGGGAUCUGGGUAAUUUGUAUUCCACCAAGGUUGCAAAAUACCACCAUUUCAUCUCUCGUAGCUACAACAUCCAAGAAAAUUUUAUUCUACUUGUACAAUACAUCAUCUAUAGGCAUUCUGUAUAUGCUAGAAUCUUUUCAGCGCCGGCCGACCAUGGCGUUGAAGUGCUAUGAACAUUUUGCAUAUCAGGUACCCUUUGCAUAUUGGUGGGAAUGAUAGUAGUCCUCGAGCGCU